AUGGAGAAGAUGAAAGACCAGAUCUUCCAAGAGACGGGCGGCCGUGUGGGUCAAGAUUACAGCCCUCACACCCGCACCGCGAAGGUGAAGGACAUUUUCCAAGACCCGCAGUUUCCGCCGAGCAGCAAAUCCUGGUUCAAAGGCAACGAGGUGCCCGACUACAGCAGCUUGCAGAAGCCGGACAUGUGGCGACGCUUGCAGGAGAUGGUGAUGGAUGCUCCUUAUCCUUUUAGCCAGCCUGGUAUCGUGCCACGCGCUGGGCGGAUUUAUCAAGGGAUCCUGGAGGACUUCUACCUCAUUGCGGGGAUGCAGGCGGUAGCCAUGAAACCUUGGUUAAUCGGACAAAUCUUUGCGGACAUGAAGUUCUCUGACCCAUCCACAGGAGUCUACAUCUUGCGACUCUACAAACAUGGUCAAUGGCAUCACGUCGUGAUUGAUGAUGCCAUACCCUUCGACCGCGCCAUGAACCCAUUGACCGCCAGGACCGAGUUCUGGCCGAGUCUGCCGUGGCCGGCGCUGGUGGAGAAGGCCUACGCCAAGCUCCACGGCAGCUGGGAGAGCCUGGGCGGCGGCGGACACGUCGAGGAGGUGAUGACUGACCUCACCGGCGGAUGCUCCACGCGCUUCGGAACGGCGGACGUCGCGCAAGAUAGACUCUGGCAAUACAUGUACUUCCUGCAAGACAUGUGCCUGUUUGGUUGUAACAUCAACGACAAGGAAUGCUCCAAGAGGAGAAUACCCAUGGAGCAGCACUAUGCUUCGGCCAUCUUCCGGCUACAGAAGUAUGAAGGUGUGCCAUACGUGUGCGUGUGCAUGUCGGCGCCCAGCCUGGCGGUGGCCCGGAUGCCGAGCUGCAAAGUGCCCGUGGCUGAGGGCUAUGGCAUCGCCGAGGGCUUCGUCUGGUUGCGGAUCGACGACUUUGUGGAGCUCUUCGACACCAUCUACGAGUGCCGGCUGGUGAACUCCAUCUCGACGUUGGGGAACCUCUCGCCGGGCUGGAUCCCGGGUGAAGCCUUCUUCGAGGAGAUCUAUGCCUUUCAAGGUGAUGUCUAUACAGAGACCUCCCCGAGCUUCCUUAUGGAGAUCUUAGAGACGCCCAACGAACUGGUCCUGGAAGUGACCCAGACCGAUCUGCGCUACGGCGACAACCACGACACCCCGGAGCUGUCGCGGGCCAUGCAGGCGCCACUGCUCUUGCGCUUCUUCCAGUGCAGCAAGGAUGUGGAUGACAACGGAGGGGGAGAGAUCUACAUGGUCCACAUGUCUGCCUGGGGCCACACGCGUGAUGCCAGUUGCAGCGUCAAGGUGAUGAAGCCCGGGAAGUAUUUGGCCAUGGUGUCCAUCCCAGCCAAGUACACCUGCCAUCGGAUGAUCUUCCGCUGCUACUCCACGCGGCCCUUGGUGAUGAAGCCCAUCACGCAGCAUCGCCAGACGCUGUUGAGGGUUCCCUCGCUCUUCCGCGACGGUCGGACGCCGAAGACGCUCUUCAACCCCACGAGGAAUGCCAUCCCCUACUCGCUUUGUGGCUUUCAGCGUGUGGACGCCCUGAGCGAAAAGUUGCCACAGACGCCUGGCAGACGGACCUCUCUGGCUUUGCAGUGGGCCCAGGACCGGGACUUCCGGGUCUUGGGCUGCCUGGUUUACCUGACAUUGGACUACCAGGCGGGCGGCACCUGGGUGAACAGGAUACGAAAUCCCUUGGCCGGCUUGGAGGACCUGUCAUUGGAUAUGCAAGGCUACACCUAUGCGCAGCAGAUGAACAACCCCGGGCACCUGAAGACGGUGGGCGCCUUUGGAGGGCAAGGCGCGGUGGCCAGCGUGUCCGCCGCAGAAGUGCAGGAUGCCAAUUGUUGCAUCACGUGA